GAGAUUCGUAGCUUCUAACUUGUCAUACUUGUGAGACUUACGUCUAGUUUACCGUGCACUAUGGAUAUCAGAAGUGUUGCCUCAUCCGCGGCCCUUGAUGGGCUGCAUGAUGUAUUUCCGACUGAAGCCGAAUGAGACCCUCUCCGACCUGAGCCGAAGGUGGAACAUGGACACGCUGUAUAGGCCCCUCACGGGGGAAAUGGUCACCCUCAUUGUCAUCCUCGCCGUCUUCACCAUUGUUGGCUCCGUUGGCAACGGCCUCGUAAUCUUCGUGUUUCAGAAAAUCCGUGACAAGACCACGGCACACGUGUUCAUUAUCACGCUUGCUGUUAUUGACUUGUUCGCAUGCAUGGUGAUAAUCCCAUUUACGAUUGUCGUGGAAUACCUUCGUUACGACAUCCGGUACGACUUCCUGUGCAAACUGUACCAGUUCCUGAUCACUUCGGAGAUCCCACUUUCGGCAUUCAUAAUGGUGGCAAUAGCGUUCGAUCGUUACUUCUGCAUCUGUCACCCACUGAAGACUAUACUCACUCCAAAGAGAACCAAAAUUGUUAUCGGCUGUUUGGCAAUGUUUGCCUGCACGCUUGGGAUCGUUACAGCUUUAGCGUUCGGCGUGUAUCAACCCAUCGUGCUACCGGACUACAGUUCCCCAGAUUUGGAUGAGAACUCAACCAUACCAUCCAUAACUGAACCCAGAAUAUUCAGCAUGCGACCAAUGGCUGACGAGUCCCCGAAGGAAAAUGACAUAAACAAACUCCUGGUGAGUCGAGUCAUUCACUACAUGUCUGUGCACAAUAUUACCCGAAGAGCUGUAAUAAGGGAAAGUGGCUUCAAAGGACCCUAUACAACUAUGAAUAUGUACAUAGGUGUUUGUCAGCCAACGGAGGAAAUCCUCAGUUUUGCUUUUGUAGACAUCUAUCAGAAGGUGUAUUCCUCUCUGUAUCUUAUCUGCUUGGUUAUCGUCGGCGUCCUGUACGGCAUGAUCUACAAGUUCAUUACGUCGCGGAGGUCGAGGAAGCUGCAGCAGAAGUUGACAAUGUGUACGUACAUCAACGGCGAGAAUGGAUACGAAGCUACGCGCCUGACUCUUCUUAAUGGGCACGAUGAGGAAAAACAAAAUGGCGACAGCGAGCAGAUGUCAAAGGAUCGUUGUCGAAACGCUUCCGGUAACAGGAAUUCUGGGAGGCAUUAUGAAGCGGAGAAGUUACGCGAGGAAACGAGAGCGGCGAAUAUCAAAACAGCUUUAAUGUUGUUUGCAGUAACUGUCGUGUUCAUCGUCGCUUUCCUACCAGCCUGGUUGAUGACGUACCGUAUUGUUCCAACCGUCAUCGUUGUUUUCUAUUCCUAUUUUGUGUACAAUGUUGCCAAUCCUUUCAUUUAUGCCUUCAUGAAUCACAUUUUCAAAGACAACAUUCAUAAAAUAUUUAGUUGUUGACAUUCAUCUCCAAGCAAUAAACCGGCAACGAAGUUGGUGGUGUCCUUGAACUAGCUGUGCGUAGUGAUCUUGGCCUACAUGUGCGCAGUAACCUUGAACUAUAUAUGUGCGUGGUGACCUUGACCUACACCAAUCAAAUUGCGUGCUUGUUAUAACAAUAGUGCAUGAGUACAGGUGUUUUUAUAAUGAUUAGAAAUAGAGUCAGUUUAGAGUUUAUAAUCCAUAAAAUGAGAUAUGUCUUCACGAUACCGAUACACUACAAUGACAUAUGUUUGACCUAUACAUCAAGAAGACAAACUCGAAAUGUGCCAUCUGUGUUAAUUAAGAAAAACUUCAUUCACUGUCAUGCACGGUCAUGACUCGGCUCCAGGAAACAAAGCUUAUUUGUAAAAUAUGGCUAACGAAGUGCUGCAUUCGCAAGUCAAGGACACAAGCGUACAACUGUCUUCUGUAGUGCACGUCAGACAACACAGAUGGAAAACACCAAGAGUGUUUCUGUGUGUGUCAGAAAUGUUUGAACGAUAUAGCAGAAUCUCCGUGAGGCACGUAGAGUGUUUUGGGGACAAAGAAAACAAAUUUCACAUCCUGCGAUUCCAACCCGUGUGUGUGACUGAGACUUCAUCCUGUCCGCAAUGUUGCGGGUCGUGUUUACUGGAAGCGCAUCGCUGGCGAGAAAUGUAGGAAACUGAUAAAUCCAUGUCAUUGUGUGACCUUGGAUCUCGUUAAUUAUGUCCACAAAGAAGUGAAAGAUAGGCUUGAUGUGAUAUGUCAGUCGUAACCGAAACUUUAAUCGGAUUUAUGGCCGGAAAAGCUUCGAAUGAAGCUUGGAUGAAUACGUGAAAAAGGAUUCUUCACAGUGGGGAAGGUCGUGUCAGUUUAAUGUAUUUCACUGCUGUGAUGCUACAGGUCCCAAACACCUUUUAUACAAAAUGGAUUGUAUAAAAUCCCUAUCACGCAGUGGUGCUGUGAAAUAAAUAUAUGUUAUGGCCUGUUGAAAGACACGGAUUGAAACCAAGGAACUCAUGUCCUGGCGAAUAGACGAUUGGCAUUUGAAUGUUGAAAUAAAUAAGGAAAAUGGAAUAGGGUCAUUACGAUGAGAAGAAAACACUGAAUGAAUGUACGAAGAUCUUCCCAGAAUGUGGGAGAGAGAGUAUUUAAUAAACAGCUUCCCCCCAACCAGUCCAGCGGUUGCUUCAUUGGAAAGACGUCACCUU